AUGUCGAACGGUCAGACAUCUGUGAGCUCGCCAGAGCAAGCCAGAGCAUAUGGCAAGCCCAUCGAGAUCCUAGUCGGUACUGACGAGACCUCGUUCUAUAUUCACGAAGGAAUUGUUCGUGCCUCGUCCAAGUUCUUCGAUAAUGCCCUAAAGCCGGGUUGGGUCGAAUCCAAAGAGCGCUGCGUACGACUUCCCGAAGACGACCCAGAUGUGUUCUCGAUAUAUCAGGAGUGGCCCUACUCGCUUCAGAUACGUGUUGGCGCCAAAGAAAUAGCUGAACUGUACGUGGUGCUAUGCAAAGCCUACUGCCUCGGAGAGAAACUUAUGGACUGCAACUUCAAAGACGCCAUCAUCAACGAAAUCAUUCGCAACACCAAGGUCGUGAUUGACGGCGAGAUAUAUUUUCCGGGCGACUGGGCAAUAAAACUCUCGUACGAGGGCACCACUCAUAUCUCGCAUCUCCGGAAACUGCUGGUGGACUUCCUCGUCUACGAGGCAGAAGGUAGCUGGUUGUCGAAAGGUUCGAUGGAUGUUUUGCCGAAAGAGUAUUUGUUCGACAUCGCCAUUGGUAUGACUAACGCACGUGAUGAAGUACCUGCAAAGGCCCCGUGGAAAGACGAGUCGCAAGUCAAGGCUCUUUACCACUCAAGGCGCGAGGAGAAGGACAGCCGCAAAUGA